GGCAUUAAUAUUAAUUAAUAGUUUUUGUUGACAAAUAGGUAGUAAUAGGGUAGUAAUGAACAAAAGUAAUUUAUCGUCAUUUGUUAGUUGAUAUUGAAUUGGAAAUAUAAUUUAAUUUUAUAAAUUAUUUAUUACUUUCUAUCAAUUAGAAAUGGAUAAUGGAGAUGAAAAAACUAAAGAAAGUACCUGUCAAAUUCUACACCUCCCUGAAUGUGUUUUGACGGUUCUAUUUUCUUAUUUGGAUUCAACUAGCCUUUACCAGUUAACACGGACAUGCCGUUACUUCCACUACUUCAUUACAGAUCCCAUAUUUUGGCGGUAUAUAGAUGCCAGAAGGAAUCCAAAUACUAACGAUAAAGUUCACUAUUGCUCUGAUAGAAUCCAUGAAAAGACCACACAUGUUUUGUUAAAGGCUAAGGAUAAAACUAGUGGGUUGGUGCCCUAUAAUUUUUUCACAGUUAUUAAUCCGUUUAAAAACAUUAAGGUUUUAGCACUGGAAAACCAAAGAUUUCAUGGAUCUAAGUUAACGUUAAAGGAGUUUCCUCCUUACCUUGAAGAACUGAGCCUUAAGGGAACCCAUAUCAAAUCAUCAACUUACUUUUUUCAGCAUUCGGGUCAGAAUAUGCAGAAGUUGAGGGUAUUGAUCCUUGAUCAAUGCCAGUGGGUGACAUGUAGUUUUCUCAUGUCGGUCGCAAAAUAUGAAAGUUUAGAAAUCAUAUCAGCUAUAAAAUGUCUAAGACUACACUUAAACAUGAUACCUUACCUAAAUGUAGCUCGUUAUGGGUGUAAAAAACUAAAAACAUUCGACUGCAGGUUUACCAGUAUUGGACACGAACUAUUACGCACAUUCUAUCCAAAAGAGUCGCUACAGUCUCUGUACUUUCAAAGUUUAAAAUCGGCAGAGGUAGAUUACAAGGAGUAUAUAUUCAAUCAGUCGUAUAUGCGUGCAGAAUCAUCCAAUCGAUCUAGAGAAGGAGACAACAGUGUUUGCGACGAGAGUCUUUUCGAAUAUAUAAAUUUGUCCGCAUGCGACAUUAUUGACAAAACCCCAGAAAGUGUAUUAUAUAAAGAUCCUUAUCCCGAAUGCACGUGCAAUUGUAAUAAGAAAGAUGAGUCGUGUCCACCACCUUUGGUUAAUUUUGAUGAAUAUUAUGUUUGUAUGCCUCCAAGGCGUAAAUCAAUAAAAUUCGUCUGUCAAAGACACAUACAAGAUGUCGAAAAGCUGUCACAUCACUUCAGGGAAUUCUUUCUCAGUAACCAACAUCAGUUUUAUGCAGACGUGAAAGCUUCUGAAGUUGAAAGCGAACCGGGGUCUUCCGAUUCGGAAUCGGACGACAAUUGUGGUACUUGUUGUAUGUACGGCAUGGGCAGAAGUAUGAUCCUGCUGAGUCCCGGCAAUAACCCAGGUACGAUUGAGGAGGAAGUCUUAGAGCUGAAUCCCGACGAACGCGAACAAGGAGGAAGAGUUGUUAGUAUAUUCAUAUCGACGCCACAAAGAGACGGUUUCAGUAAUAGUCAAAAUAACCCGAAUCCUAUACCGAGUACUUCUAGAAGUGUUGAAGAUAACAGCAUUAAUGAGAAUUUGGAGAAUACGAGGAAUGAGGCGAAGAGGCGGUUAAGCGAGGACAAAGAUCCGGAAGAUGAUGAACAAAGUAAAAGCAAACGUCCGAGACGAAAUGAGGACUUGAAGCAGCUGAGCGAUGAGGCCAAAGCAGCGGAGGCCAGCGAAUUGAUAGAGAGUGCCCAUAAAAUGGGGAAAAAUGUGAACGAGUUCCUACGAAAUAGUAUGGAGAUUUGUAAUAAAAGUAUAGGUUGUAGGGAUAGAGGUGCUUCUACGUCACGCAUUGAAGACUUAGAAACAGGAAGUGAUAAUACAGUAAACCCUGUAGAAAAAGCCCCUUCCAAUGCAGACGUAACAGAUCCUGGUGUAGCUAAAAAUAUUUUUGAGGAUAAAACUGGUGUAGCAUCUACCUCAAAGGAUUGUAGCUCGAGUAAGCCACCAGAUGUCGGUGAGUCAUCAAGUUCUCAAAACUCUAGAGGUACACAAAAUAAAAGGAGAAGUAGGCUUCAGGAGGCAAAAAUAUAUAUAGUCAAUAAUAACCAGUCUAACGAUGCAAAUGUCAGCUCUAAUAAUAAAGCAGCUGAAGAAGGUGAACCGUCAAGGCAACCAGUCGGCAAUAACGCACCAAGAACAGCCAUAAUCACGAUACGAAACAGAGAGAGAAGCCGAUAUGUAAACCCGUUGUUUGUACAAUUUGAGAAUAAGCACAUUAAGAAAAAAUCCCGCCUCCGCAGGUUGUCCUUACGGGGAUUUCGGAGGAUCACCAAUGUAGCUCUGGACUACAUAAAAAAUUUAAAAUUAGAUCUAAUAGACUUAACCUAUACCAGCGUUACCAAGGAAGGUAUAGAAAAUUUUCUCGCUUACAAUCCAAACUGUAGAGUUAUUCAUCCUUUAUAUUGCAUUUGUAAACCAUUAAAUCCUUUUUAAAAGGUUUUGUUAUUUUUGUAAUUUAUAAAUAAAUUUUUAU